AUUUAGGUACCACCGUGUACCUACAUGAUAUCGAUGACCGCCCAUAUCAGUUUGGCCGUGUAACAUGUCAGAAUCAAGUCCUCCUUCAACCUCCGAACCAUCGCGUGCUCGCGGGAGAAGUCGUGGAAAGUCCCGUGGCGGUCUAGGAAAGUACCUCCGUGCACGAGGCCGUGGUCGAGGUGGCCGUCCAGCAGAAUUCCACCAGCGCCUCGUGCUAGAAGGCGAAGAAGCAGUCGAUCUCGACCCUGAUUCUGAAGAGGCGAAAGAACUUCAACAGAAGUAUGCACAACGACACCUUGGAUCUAACGCCGAUCGUUAUGCGGAGCCUGAGCCUGAGUUGGAUUCUGAUGGAGAGGAGAUUCGUGAGCCGGAAGUAGACCUUUCGUCGUUUCUUGCGAGACAGCGGUUAUCGGAUCUGCCAACUGUGGUUACUGUGCCUCGAGUCGAUGAUGAUGAUGUCGACCAUGAACUCGCACAUAUUUCGUCUCAUCGUGUCCCACCUCCGACGUCUCAGAAGGGACGUGUACAGGUCAUUGAGUGGGAUGCAGAACUUGAGGAAAUGAGUCGUGAAAAGGCUGUUGCAGAUGCAAGCCGAGAUCUGAAGAUGCGAUUUCGUGCAAAGUCGGAGAAGCUUAAAGCAAAACCUCCUUUUGCACGUGAUAGAAAACAGGAUGAUAAUUACUCUGAGGCGCCAGCCCUUCCCACCGAUGCACCGAAGGCGCCCAAAGUGGAGAUGGAAGAUUUCCUUGAUGAGUUACUUGGUUGAUGAUCUUACACUCCGAGUCUCCGAAACACGUUACUUUGGAGAAUGUGCCUCAAGGUGCCUUUUUUACUGCGACCUGACUAUCACAACAAGGGAACAUCGCUAUCCUUCUCUACUGCUCUCAGACAAAUAUUAUGCAGGGUCCACGAAGAGGUGAUAGUUCUCACCAUGCUGGCGGUGCCAUGUAUCCUUGUGGUUUAUUAGCCACGCGGGAGGUCUUACUUGACUUCUGCUGAUUAGACAAAUCAACAAGUCUGUUCCCUCCGUGAGCGUUGCUGUCAGGCGGUUGUGGGUUGGCGCCCCCUCUCAAAUUAUUCGUCUCGUGUUCUUGAAGAUCCGCGGCGAAUGUACACCAAUCGUAG